AUGUCCUUCAGCUCACAGAUUGUGGUCGAUUGCCGCGGCCACUUGCUGGGUCGCCUUGCAUCUGUCCUGGCGAAGGAGCUCUUGAAUGGGCAGCACGUUGUCUGCGUGCGCUCAGAGGACAUCAACAUCUCCGGAUCCCUUUACCGCAACAAGCUGAAGUAUGCCGCCUUCAAGAGGAAGCACAUGAACUCCAAUCCACGACAAGGACCUUUUCAUUAUCGGGCACCAUCAAAGAUCCUUUGGCGCACCAUCCGGGGCAUGGUUCCCCACAAGACCGCUCGAGGAGCUGCCGCAUUGGAUCGCUUGAAGACAUUCGAGGGCAUUCCUCACCCCUAUGACCGCAAGAAGCGCAUGGUUCUGCCCAGUUGCCUCAAAGUUCUCCGCCUCCGCCCUGAGCGCCGAUUCUGCCGCCUCGGCGACCUCUCGAAGGAGGUCGGAUGGAAGCACGGCGCUCUCAUCGAGCGCUUGGAGAGCCAGCGCAAAGUGAAGAGCGAGGCGUUCCACAAGAAAAAGGUGGCCGCAAAGCGAGCGCGCUCGGAAGCCCUGAAGGGGGUGAAGCUGUCGGCCGAGGACCAGAAGGCACUUGAAGAAGCGGGCUAUGCGUAA